AUGGCACACGUCGCGGAAAAGACGUCGGGGGACUCUUCAGGUCUCACUGAUCAGCUCUCGAGCGGGAACUUGGGUGGUGGGUUAUGGGAAUACUAUAAGAAAAUCGUCAUGGAGGAGGGGGCCGACUUCAACGAACUGUCCGAUACAUCCAUGAACGGCGUCCUUACCUUCGCCGGUCUCUUCGCUGCCACGCUUGCGGCGUUUCUAGCUGAGACGUAUAAAUCGCUUUCGCCCGAUUCAGACGAGUCUGGAGGCGACCUGACGUCCUCAGCAGUCGUGAUAAACACGCUCUGGGUCGUGGCCCUGGUCAUCUCACUGCUAUGCGCGCUUUUAGCAACUCUCAUCCAAGACUGGACGAAGACUUUCCUCAGAGCGCAGGCUCACCCGACGGCGGUGACUCUGGAGCAGCAGUGCCUUGAACAUAUGUCGGCGCAUAUGGGAGCGCAACGCUACGGCCUACCACUCGCGCCCAGACUUGUCGUCGGCCUCUUGCACGCAGCUGUCGUUCUCUUUCUGGCAGGGAUAGUCGUCUUCUUUUGGCAUCUGAACCCCAUCCCAGCUCGUGCAGCCCUCGGCGUGGCGGGAGGAUCUAUCUUCAUUUACGCCGUCGCAAGCGCCUUGCCCCUGUUCGACGCGUCGUGUCCCUUUCGCACUCCCUUGACAGACGUCUACGUCUUCAUCAUCAUGCUUGUGACGGUCAUCGUCCCCGGAGCCCUCGUCUACGCGUGUCUGCUCAUUGCCGCAGCGUGGCAGAGAAUCACCAAAGGGCCCCUUAAUCCUGGCAUUCGCCGAACGCUCAACCCCGUCAUGAUGGCGUCUCAGCUCAAGGAUCCUUACGCCACUUCACGAGUAUACCAUGCCAUAAAGGACUACUUUACGCGGCGCAAGUCCGAGGAACCUCCACCCCUGCUGCCUCUGGUCUUCGACGCCAUCAUGGGUAACGACCAAAUCGACGAAACAGCCGUGAACGCGGAGAAAGUGAGGUUCCUCUGGGAUCGCGUGGGGCCCUAUGCGAUGGAGCAUCCAGAAGCUCUACAGUACGUCGUAGGGGCGCUCAUCGACGGAUGGUCCCCUGUCGUGGACGACAUGCUCAUAGGACUAUGUUACGACGCAGCUGAGUUGCCGAAGAUUGCCGCCGCCCUGGGAUCUGUUCACACUACAUUCGCAGCAACAUCCAUGUUGCGGCUGCUUCAGUUGCUGUUUCAAGCAGAGGACGCGAACGAUCGGGCCUUAAGGGCCACAGUCGGCCAGGGCGUUCGGUGGCAGGCGACUGACGCAAUCGUGGACGCCUUCGCGGGCUUUACUCGACAAUUAGACGCGCUACGUCAGGCGGAGAUAGAGCAGAGGAGCACGGAACUGCUCGCCGCGCUAUCGAGUUUCCGGACCACGCUCCUCCAGCUCUUGAUCCACACGUCCCCGUCGUCCCGAGAUGCGAAAGCGCGGACCCAGAUCUUGAGGAUGUUCGCCGAGUUGCAGCGCUACGACGGAACCAAGCUUCAACGCGUUUCCGCUGACGAUCCCGAGGACAUGAUGGGCCUUUUAAGCCUUGAUCGCGGCGACGCCGUGAAGGUCGUCGUUGCGAAGCUCGCAUCUCGCAAUUGUCUUACCCUCAUCGCCGGUGCCAAGGAGAGCGAUUGGGAGGGGGCUUGGGAUAACCCUGACCGACGUUAUCUGCGCCGAACUACUCCUGGCACAUUGCGCUGGCGCGAGCUGUUCCCAGCCGCCGCCCAGCGUGGGACUUCGGCCGCCUCUGCCUUUUUUCGCGAUUUUCUCAAAGACGUCGGCCUAGGUCAUUGGCUUGUGGCAGGAUCAGCAUUCACCACUCCUCCGCACACCUCUCUGAAGGCAGCGGCGGUUGUCGCGCUACGUGACGUAGCGAACACAGUCGACUUCCGCCCGCUUAUCCAAGAACCGAGUCGCGCAGACCAUGAUCUGACUAGCGCCUCGACCGCGGCUGAGAGGUUCGAGAUACCCGGCUCCCCCAGGCUAGACAAGGUUGAGGAAGGGACGUUAAGUUUGUCGCACGAGUAG